AUGCGGCUCUUCGUCCUCACUGCAACUUUCUGGGGAUUGUGCCUGGCUCCAGGGUUGGGUUUACAAAUACAGUGCUACCAGUGCGAGGAGUUCCAGCUAAAUAAUGACUGCUCUGCACCGGAGUUCAUUGUGAAUUGUACAGUCAAUGUUCAAGAUAUGUGUCAGAAAGAAGUAAUGGAAAAAAGUUUUGGCAUCAUGUAUCGUAAAUCCUGCGCAUCCUCGGCAGCCUGCCUGAUAGCUUCUGCUGGGUACCAGUCCUUUUGUUCUCCAGGGAAGGUGAACUCUGUCUGCAUCAGCUGCUGCAACACUCCACUCUGCAAUGGACCCCGGCCCAAGAAGAGAGGGAAUUCUGGCAUGGUGCUGAGGGCGCACAUGAUGACCACCAUUCUGUUCCUUAAAUUGGCUCUGUUGGUUUUGUAUUGCUAA